AUGAAAUCGAAAAUAUUCGGAGAUGGCAAAUAUUCGGAGAUGACUAUGAAAACACCUCUCCGGAUCCUCGAAUUGAAAGAGAGACUGAGAGGGAUCAAGAAUCCUAAUUCUCGCUAUUUGGAAUGGAUCCAAUUCUAUUGA